GGGAGGAGAAAAACAAAGGCAAAGUUAGCAACGUUUGACGUGUGGUUUCAGUCUCGUCGAUUCCAGCACCAGAAUGUUAAAAGAGUUGGUCAAGGAGCGACUCAUGGCGGCAGCCGAUGAAAUAUUCGCGCUGUUUGAAAGAACGAUCGCGUCGUACGAGGAGGAACUUUGUCGAACAAGAGAGGAGAACGAGAGACAACGACAACAACUGGAAGCUGUUAGCAAGACCCAAAGGGUGCUACACAUUGAAGGCACCCAACAGCUGUUCGGCCAUCAAGAAGAACGUCCCCCUCCGCCGCAUGGGGGGCGCACCACAGCAUCCACAGAGGCUCCACAGCCCGCCUACGUUAAAGAGGAAGAAGAGGGACUCUGGACCACUCCGGAGGGAGAGUGUCUUCUAUGGCCCGAGGAAACUGACUUCACAAAGUUGCCACUAACUGGUGUCUCUGUGAAGAUGGAAGAACUUGAUGACAAACCAUCUGAGAAUGGUGGGGCGGAGCCCCCGAGCAGCAGCUCACCAAAGCACAUGACAACAGACGCUGACGGAGACCACUGUGGAGGAUCACAAGCAGACAACCUUCAAGCACCGCUGUCAGAUAGCGACGACGCGACGUUGCAAUGUCCAGAGGACGACACCCGGGAACCUUUGAGCAGCGAUACAGACGAUAUGAGGACUCACACUGACGACAAACACUCUAAAUGCUCUCAAAAGAAGACAGAUGUCCGACAGACGAUUGGUCGUCAAGAGGAACAUCUGCAGGAGGAUCUCCAGCCCGUCUGUGUUAAAGAGGAAGAAGAGGAACUCUGGACCACUGAGGAGCGCGAGUGUCUUCUCAGGCCGGAGGAGACUGAUCUCACCAAGUUGCCACUGACCGGUGUCUCUGUGAAGACCGAAGACCAGGAAGACAAACCACAAGCAGAGAACCUCCCAGCUCCGCUAUCAGAUAGUGACGACACUGAGGAUGACGACUGGGACGACACCCAAGAACCUUUGAGCAGCGAUGCAGACCGUGAAGGUGAUACGAGGACUCGCACCGACAGGAAACACUCUAAAUGUUCCAAAAAGCAGACGACGGUCGCCAAUACCGCCGCAAGAUGGCAGCCACUGUGACGUCAUGGAUGCCUGAGCUGCCGUGACACCUCGAGCGAAGAAGAAAAAGGCGGAAGUUUGAAGAUGAGGGGCGAAAAGACGGCUAAAUUGGACAACGGUGGGAGUGUUCAGUGUAGUUCAACAAAUACAACACCAAAAAUGUUGAGAGAGCUGAUAAGGGAGCGAUUAAUGGCGGCAGCUGAUGAAAUAUUCGGCCUGUUCGAAAGAACGGUGGCGUCGUACGAGGAGGAACUUUCUCGAAUAAAAGACGAGAAAGAGCGACAACGACAGCAACUGGCAGCUGUUAGCAAGACUCACACUGGGCGACGAAUCGAGGACGUUCAGCAGCUGAUUGCUGGUCAAGAAGAAGUUUCACUUCACCCUCUGUGGGGGAGCUCCGCUUUGAAGCAGGAAGAUCCCCAGCCCCCCAACGUUAAGGAGGAAGAUGAGGAACUCUGCAUCACUCCGGAGGGAGAGUGUCUUCGAGGGCCGGAAGGGGCUGAUCUUGCCGAGUUGCCACUCCCCGGUGUCUCUGUGAAGACCGAAGACCAAGAAGAGGAACCACAAGCAGACAACCUCUUAGCUCCGCUAUCAGACCGUGACGGCACGUCUCCUGAGGCUGAAGACAGGGACAACACCCAAGAACCUUUGAGCAGCGACACAAACCGUGAUGGUGACGUGUGGACUCACACUGGCAACAGACACUCUGAAUGCUCAGACAAGGAGACGGGUAAAAGAGGCUUGACCUGCUCAGUGUGCGGCGAAAGCUUUUCCUUUAAAAGCUAUUUGACUCGACACAUGUGUACGCACACGGGAGAAAAACCCUACAGUUGCUCAGUUUGCGGUAAAAGAUUCCCUCGAAAGUCAAACAGCGUGAGACACAUGCGGACGCACACGGGAGAAAAACCUUUUAGCUGUGCCAUUUGUGGUAAAGGAUUCUCUCAGAAUACAGUCAUGUUAUCACACAUGAGGACACACACUGGAGAAAAACCAUUUAGUUGCUCGUUGUGUGGAAAAAGAUUCUCUCGAAGGUCGUACGUGGUGUUGCACAUGAAAACACACACAGCAGAAAAAACAUAUCCUUGAACGCAUCAAGUUGACAUGUCGACACACACCGGAGAAUAAACGUUUUCCCGUCCUGUUUGUUGCAUAAAAGUGUCAUGUCAGGCCUAGAAAGUGAUGAUCUGCACACAUACUUUGACACGAGUGCGGUUUUGAUUAGGGGUGGUCACAAAAAGUUAGGGAUAUACACAAGCGUCAUGUUAGAGAACAGCAAGUUGUACGUUAAGUGUUGAACAUGUCGGACAUUCGUGCGUUCAGAAGUGCCCCGGCGCCUGAGGAGCACGUUCUUCUUGAAGACCAAUCAGCUGCCGUACGUCUGUAGGAAUCAAACACGCAUACAUGUCAAAUAUUUUACACAGUAAUCCCUUGUUUAGCACCGUUAAUUGGUUCUGUGAUAAGUGAAUUUCUGCAAAGUAGGAUUCGAUAUUAAUAAACUGAAUAUCUUUAUAGUUUGAGCACAGAUAACCUGUUUUAUGACUUUCUAAGUACGUGUUUUAACAUUAUUCAAGCCCUGUAGACAUGAAAUAACAUCCCAACAGUCACUCUUGCUUGACCCUCCGUUGACAUCGACCCACAGAGGGGUGGUUCGGGGACAAGUUAGACGCACACGGGAGAAAGAAGUUUCCCGUGUCCUGCGCAAUGUUAUGUAAACACAGAAUAGAGUGUAAAAGUGACUAUAAGGCUGUCAUUUAAUGUG